CCGCAAUCGCUGCUGAGACAACAUGCUGGCUAAAACUCUGACUGUGUGCUGCCUGCUGGCACUCACUGUGCCCACGCUGGCCGAGGUCGGCUGGUGGCGAACGGCACAGUUCUAUCAGAUCUAUCCGCGAUCCUACAAGGACAGCAAUGGGAAUGGCGUUGGUGACUUGAAUGGUAUUACGCAACAAUUGGCCUAUUUGAAAGAGAUUGGCAUUACAGCCACUUGGCUAUCGCCGAUAUUCACCUCACCCAUGGCUGACUUUGGCUACGAUGUGGCCAACUUCUAUGAAAUCGAUCCCCUCUUUGGAACCAUGGCAGACUUUGAGAAUUUGCUGGCUCGUGCCAAGCAACUGGAUAUCAAGAUCAUAUUGGACUUUGUGCCAAAUCACUCGAGUGAUGAAUGUGAUUGGUUCAAGCGAUCGGCAGCUGGCGAGGCGGAGUACAAGGACUUCUAUGUGUGGCACACCGGCAAGGUGGUAAAUGGCAUUAGACAGCCACCAACGAAUUGGAUUAGCGUGUUCCGUGGCUCGCAGUGGACGUGGCAUGAGGGUCGCCAGGCAUACUAUCUGCAUCAGUUCCUUGCCAAGCAGCCGGACCUCAACUAUCGCAAUCCCAAGGUUGUGGAGGCCAUGAAGGAUGUGCUCCGCUUCUGGCUGCGCAAGGGCGUCUAUGGCUUCCGCAUCGAUGCGGUGCCACAUGUGUUUGAAGUCGCACCUGAUAAAAAUGGCAACUGGCCCGAUGAGCCACGCAAUGAACAUGUCAGUGAUCCCGAGGAUUACACCUAUUUGGAUCAUAUCUACACCACAAAUCAGCCCGAGACAAUUGAUCUUGUCUACCAAUUCCGUACUGUUCUCGAGGACAUGGAUCGGGAGCUUGGAGGAGAUGAUCGAGUUCUGCUAACCGAGGCUUAUGCUCCAUUGGAUGUGCUCAUGCAAUACUACGGCAAUAGCACCCACAAUGGAUCCCAGAUUCCAUUCAACUUUGAGCUGCUCGCCAACAUUAACUUCAAUUCCGAUGCGUAUCAUUACUCGGAGCUGUUGCACAACUGGCUGGACAAUAUGCCCGCUGGCCAAGUGGCCAACUGGGUGCUGGGCAAUCAUGAUUCCAGUCGCAUUGGUUCCCGUUUGGGCGCCGAUCGCAUCGAUGCCACAAAUAUGUUGCUCCUGAUGCUGCCCGGCAUCAGUGUGAACUAUCAGGGUGAGGAGAUCGGCAUGACAGACGUCUGGAUCAGCUGGGAGGAUACCGUCGACCCUCAGGCCUGUCAGUCCAACAAGCAAGAGUUCGAGCGCCUCACCCGAGAUCCCGUUCGCACUCCCUUCCAAUGGAGCGAUGAGAAGCAGGCGGGUUUCACCACCAACAAUACAUCCUGGCUGCCCGUCUCCGACAACUACAAGUUGGUGAAUGUGAAGCGAGAGCGUGGCAUUGCUCUCAGCCAUCUCAAUAUCUACAAGCAGCUCCGUGCUCUCCGCGAUGAGCCCACUUUGAAGCAGGGCGAUGUUACAGUGAAUGCUCUAGGACCCAAUGUUCUCGCCUUCAAGCGUUCUCUGGCUGGCCACAAGUCGUACAUUACCGUCCUGAAUAUCAACGAUGACAUCGAAUCUGUUAACUUGGACUCUGUCUUCACCGAGCUCAGCACUCAGCUCCGUUACGUUGUCGUCAAUGACAAGAGCGUGCGUCGCAAGAAUGAUUUGACCUAUGCCAAUUCGGUGUUGCUGAUGCCCAAAGAGGCCGUUGUCUUGAGCACUGUUUAAAUGUAAUUUGAGAAAAGAAUCCAUUUUACAAUUGAUGUUUGUUAAUUUCUAGAUUUAUUCCCACAAUCUCUAAUUCACAUGCAAAUAAAUAUUGUCGAAAUACA